CGGGCCCGCCCCUUCCGCGCCGCCGCCAUGGCGGAGCCGCCGGGGCCUUUCUGCGUGCUGGGGGCCGGGCCGGGCCGGUACCUCUGCUACUGCUGCCCCGCGGCCGGCCCCGGCUCUGCCGGCACCGUCUGUGUGACCGACGCGCUGGAGGUCUGGGCCGGGGAGCUCGGCGCCCGCCCGCCGCAGGGCCGCGCGCCGCAGGGCGGGACGGGCCUGCCGGAGGACGGCGUCGCGAAGCUCAGGGAAGCCCUGCGGCGUGGGGCCGUUUCCCUGAGCCUGCAGGAGGGCGGGGCCACGCUGCAGCUGCAAGGGGAGGCCGGACACAGCACCCUUCAUCUCUGCAAGCUGCCUGUUGCUGAGGCGAGGACCCAGCUCCAAGCGCUGAUGUUUGGCUUGGCGACUUCCAUCAAGAAGCUAGAAGAACGUCUCGAAGGUUUCCCCCAAGUGAGCCAGUUCAGAGGACCAACAGUGGUGGGCACACUGGGGUCUUCCUGCAGCCCUGAGAAGAAUGCUUCCCAGAGCCAGCAGCUCUUCCUGCCAGGAAACUCUGAGCCCCCUCUGCUUUGGCUGCUGUCACCCACCCUGCUCUUGGUGCCCUUCCCAGCACAGGAGGGGCCAGGGCUCAGCAUGGUAGCUCUUGAGGUGCACUGUGCUCAGGUCCGAUGCCUAGUAUCACCAAGCAGGGUUGCUUGCUGGCCUCCAGGAGAAGGUCAGGCUUCACUGCUCUUCCAUGGCAGUUCCACCCCAGCCCAAGGAAGAACAGGGCUGCUGGCUCAGCUUUGUCAGCUAAGCGGAAGAUCCCAGGAGAGUCUCUCAUUAAUCCUGGUUUCAAAAGCAAGAAGGCACCAUCUGGAGUGGACUUUGAAGACUCAUGACCUGUGGUGUCCUGUCCCCCCGAUGACAGCAUUUUCAACCACGUGUGGCUGAUAGAGGUUUUACUGCCUCCUGGCCCUGCCAGGCUCCUUGCUGCAGGUGUGGAUCAUGGUCAACAAGGGAGAUGGAUGGGGCAAGCAGGACCCAGAGACCCGGAGGCAGUGCCUGGCAGGCCUGAGGGGGCAGCAGAUCUUCAGCUGGUGCUGUGGCAGGGCCGGGGAGGGGGUAGACAGGGCAGGGGUGACAAAGUGGUGGCUUUUUUUACCUGCAGCUUCUUCCUGCUGAAAGGAGCCACCCCUUUACUCCACUCGCCAUUAAUUGGUGUGUUGUUUUUUUUAAAUAUCUUUGAAAGAUAUUUUUUUAAAGAUCACCUGUGCUUAAGUUAUUGCCAAUAAAGCUGUUUUUAACCAGUCUCUGGGGGCUUGUCCAGAG